AUGGAUGCGAUUUCUUGGUCGAUGCAAGCAGUAAGUAUCCUCGAUAACUUUAAUAGAUUUAGUAAGUACAAGAUUUCCAUUGGAGCAAGCAGCUCUAAUUCACGAAUCCGUGCGUUGAAAUUCACUGAAUCCGCAUCGACCCAGCAAGUGUCCGACGAAAUGCCUCUGUCAACGGAUUCUUUGGCUUGGAACACUGUUAUCCAAACCCAUUUAGGAAAUCUCGAUUACUCCAAGGCGGUGACAACUUAUCAUCGAAUGUUAUCGCGUGGUGUCCGACCUGAUAGGCACACUCUCCCUCGCAUCUUAUCUGUGUCAAGGCUAUCGGGUAGCUUGUCUCUUGGCAAGCAACUCCACGGACAUGCUGUGAAGCUGGGUGUCAGUAAUGAUGUUUAUGUUACUGGUGCUUUGAUUCAAUUGUAUGGGCAUCUUGAUGGCAAUGGUGCUGCAAAAUGGGUGCUUGAUAAUUCUGAGAGGAAGAUGAGUUCUGUAUCUUGGACAUUGUUGGCUAAGUUGUAUAUUAUGCAAAAUAAACCUGCACUGGCUAUUGACUUGUUCAAUGAGAUGGUAGAGUCAGGUGCUGAGAUUGAUCCUGUUUCACUGACCACAGCUAUAAGUGCUUGCGUUCUUCUAAAAUCAUUGAAAGUUGGUAGGAACAUUCAUCAAACAGCUAGGAAACAUGGGUUAGAGUUAGAUUUGUUGAUGCCAUCACGAGAUGCCAUUUCGUGGACUUCCGCUAUUCAGGGGUAUGUGAAGAAUGGACUGAUAAACGAAGGGUUAAAAUUAUUCAGAAAGAUGAUUACUGAUGCUAAAAUAAAACCAGAUGCAGUAGCAAUUUCUAGCAUUCUCCCAGCUUGUGCAAGAAUGGCAGCCCAUAAAAAUGGCAGGGAAAUUCAUGGGUACUUGGUUAGAAAUACAGUUCCCAUGAACCUCAAAGUUGAGAACGCUCUGAUAGACAUGUAUGCAAAGUCAGGAUGCUUGGAGUAUGCUUCAAUGAUAUUUUUGAGGAUGAAAUCCAAAGAUGUUGUUUCAUGGACCGUUAUGAUCUUGGGCUACAGUUUACAUGGUCAAGGCCAUCUUGGAGUUGAAUUAUUCCAGAAAAUUCCAACAAUAGAUAUAGAUGAGAUCAGUUAUGUGACAGCCCUCUUUGCUUGUUGCACUGCCUGCAUGGUUGAAGAGGGUAUGCAUUAUUUCAACUACAUAAAGUCACCGAAGUUGGUCCAUUGUACCUUAAUGGUUACACUUCUAGCUCGUGCUGGAAAAUUUGAUGAGGCAAGAGCCUUUGUUGAGGAACGUAGUAUAGCAAAGCAUGCCGAGGUAGUUAGAGCGUUGAUAGAUGGAUGCAGGAUUCAUAGGAACCUCAGCACAGGAAAAAGAUUAAUUGAGCAGCUAUGUGAUUUGGAGCCCCUUAAUGCAGAUAACUACGUAAUGAUGUCAAAUUGGUAUGCACAAAGUGGGAAACAGGACAUGGUUGAUGCAUGGAGAGAGACUAUAAGAGAUAUGAAUUUGACACCAAAGAUCGCAUAUAGCUGGAUAGAGUUUAGAAACAAAGUUCAUGUCUUUAGGACAGGGGACGUAUCACAUCCAAGAUCAGAGGGUAUAUAUUGGGAGUUAGAGUUCUUGAUGAAGAACUUGGAAGGAAAAGGAUUUCAUUGGAACCCAGAUUUCAGUUUUCAUGACAUAGAUGAAGAGCGCGAGUGUGUCCCAAUUGGUCAUAGUGAGUUGUUGGCUAUUUCAUUUGGAUUGAUAAGCAUCAGAAGUGGCACUACUGUUCGUGUGACCAAGAAUCUUCGUGUUUGUCACAGCUGCCAUGAGGCUGCAAAAUAUAUCUCUAAAGUAGUCAGCCGGGAGAUUAUAUUAAAGGAUCCAAACUGUUUUCACCAUUUUAAGAAUGGGAUUUGCUCUUGCCAGGACUUAUACUAGUUGGUUUUUAAGACUUGAACAUUCCCAUGAGUCAAAUUAAGUGUCAGACCUCGAUAAACAACAAAAGUUAAGCAAGCACAGCCAGAUGCUAAGGUCAAAUGGAUCUGGUUAGAUUGGACAUCCGUUAUACAGUCUCAACUUACUGUAUGUGAAAGUUGGAAAGAGACCCAAGGGUCAUAUUGUGACUGAAGAAGAGAGAACUCUAGAGUUACAAGGAGGCUAAACUGAGAUGUUAUGAUGGCACGAAUGAAGAAGAGAAGGUCCAGACUCAGAGUGGGAAAAAAUCAAAAUCCUCAUUUAGCGCUAGAAAAAAGGGCCAGCCGAAGGAACCUGGGAGAUUGUUGAAAGUUGAACUUGUGUUUUAGAUUUGUUUAUGCUUCUUCAUGGAAAGAAACCAAAUCUGAAUUGCUGUUUUAGAGUUUGGAAAGUGAAAAUUGAACCACAAUGAGCUGUGUUCUUGUUACUCAAACACUUACCUCAUAAGCGUUUGCAGGUGAAAUUCAACACUGU